CUCAGGUAUUUCGACAACAAGGUGUUUGUGGCCCUGGCCCGUGGCACCCUGAACGUGUACUCCAGGGACCACAACGGCACAGGCACCACGUGGAACGUGAGUGACCCCGACGAGGUGCAACUCGGCGCCUCGGUGUCUCGUCUGGCCACCGUCGGCUCCAACAAGCUCUGGUGCGGCUGCAUGAACCACAUCCACAUCCUCAACACGUCCACCCUCGAAGUCGAGCAUUCAAUCACAUUGCACCAGGACCCGAACAAGGGUGUAGCGUGUCUGGCGGCGUCGGGUUUCGGGGUGUGGGUGGCGCUCAAUGGUGCUUCCUCAGUGCGGUUGUACCACGCCACCACCCACGAGCUCCUCUCGGAGGUCAACGCGGGUCCUGCUGUUGCCAAAAUGCUCUCCAGUUCUGAUGAUAUCAUUCGCCAGCACAAAGCUGCGUGCCUUAGAGUGACUUCCUUGCUGUGCUGCAAGGACCUUCUCUGGGUAGGAACGAGUGCUGGAGUGGUGCUGGUUGUUCCCCUGCCACACAUGACUGCAACAACUGUAAAACUUCAACAAGCCCUCAACAUCACUGCGUCACCGAUGAAGUUCGUGGUUCCGUCCAGGAGUUUCAAGGGCGGCAACAGCAGUGCCACCAGUUUCAGCGGCGGUGGAGGCUCCAACACAGCCCCGAGCGGCGCCGGCAAAGACCAGCAGUACCACCUGCGUCACCACCACCAUCACCACCACUACUACGGCGCCCCCACAGCUGGCCCAGGUGGACCCCUGGCAUCGUCCACCAGUGACGCCUCUGGUGGCGCCAGUCCAGGGGAACCGUGGGGCCGGCCGCGGCGCGUAAACCACGGGUUAGUCAGGUACGACUAA